UUUUACUUGACAGUUCCAUGGAGGGUGACAUAUUACCAAUUUUGUGAGAAUCUAGUUGCGAGGAUACGGCGUAAUGGCGAAGCAGUACGUAAUGGCGAAGCAGUACAAGAUAGUGAUAUGAUCACAAGUUUCACAUUCCAGAAUGGCAGAAUGGUGCUGAGAUACAUGCUGAGAUUGGUCAGGGUCAGGGUGAAGAUGAGACAUGCAGGGUGGCAUCUGAUCGUGACUAUGAUGACA